AUGUCUGGCACGUACUGGGGGAAUCUUCCUCCCCCGAAAAUUGUUCGAGGUGAUUCCCUUCGACGCGAACGUGAGAUGGCUGUUCCAGAAGGAAGGAACGACCCUCGGGGAGCUCCAAUCAAACAAAAUAGACCUCCAAAACAGGACUUGGACGCGAUUUCUCCAGUGGGCAGGAAUGACCAGCAGGUUGAAGCUGGCAAUAGGGGUGAUCGAUCUUCCAGCCAAAGUCAAUUUCCUUCCUCUCACCGCCGCAGUCGAUACAGAGACUCAAUCCAAACCGAAGCGCCCACGGUCUCUACCCAAAGUCCGUUUGCAUCGCCGACGGAUUCGAGCUUUGGAAGAGGUGGAUUGGCUCCAAGACCACCCUCCUUCCCAUACGAGGCGACAGAGCCGGCCAGCAACGAGUUUUCGGAAAAAAGAAGGAGGAGAGAGAGCAGGAAUAAAGACCAACCCUACGAGGGCAACGGAAGCGCUGCACCACCGCCUGCAGCUCCAGACGUACCUCGAGCUCCCCCAGUGAGUUACAAGCAGCCGUAUAGUAGUGGUCCUCCCAAUCGAACGAGGUCGAAUCGACGGUCCGAAGGCCCCAUCAGUUCCAGUCAGGGCGUUGCUGCUGAAUACUAUGCACGGAGAGGAAGCGUCGGUAACGGGAAAAGCCAUUCGCGACCAGAUGAUCUGGAAUGGGACCCUCAGAUACCAGAACGAAUUGAUGCUUCGCAUCAUCGAAACAGGCAAGGUUCUUUAGGCGCAGAAGGAGACACCAAACAACGCAGAGAAUGGGCUCCAGAUAGAUCACCUUUACAGAGACUGGAAAUAACACUGGAUAGUAUUACCAAGGAGGAGAAAAGAGCAAGAGUUGAGGAAGCUGAACGACUAGCCAAAGCUGCUCGGAACGGGGAAAAGCCAAAACAGAACUCUGUUCGAUUUCGAAAUCGUCCGGUUGCAAAGGGCACCGAGACGACCACUAAACGCGAACCAGAAGAAAUGGGGGGUGGUUCUCCUGCACGAGAUUUGGGGACAAGGCAAAAGGAUACCGCAUUGGUCCAGCGAAGGAAUACUUUGGAGAAGCAGCGCCCAGCUCCAUCAAAUCUACCCAAAGGCCCGGUUCAAGUAUUCGACUAUCAGGAUCCGGAUGAGGCAGAAUACUUUUCCCGUCGAGACAGGAAUGUUGUUCCCGACUGGGGACAAAGUACACGCGAUCGAUCCUCUAUACCAGUUGGCGCCGCUGGUGCCGCAGCCGCCACUAAACUCGGCAGGAGUCCAAGUAAUAAACUAAAGAAAGAUCCUCCAGGAGACCCGUGGUUGCACCGACGAGUUGAUGCUGAAGCAAAGUACCAGGAUAUUGCCCAACCUCGGCCUUCAGUGUCAAAUCAGCAGGACCGAGGAAUUUCCAGGGAUGUUACCGAGCGUAAAAAUCGCCAGAAUUCGGUAGACAGAGAUGUGGAUGUGUCACCUGUAUCACCAGUCGAGCAGAGCAGGGAGAUCAAUUAUGACUCCGAGGAAGAUACGAAUGCUAAGCCAGCACGCAGAUUGAGCAAGAUAGAACGGCUUACCGGGCAAAGGUUACCAUCGGAAGUCUUGAGACCGCAGCCUCAAAAUGUACAAGCAACUGAAACAGUCAAGGUAAAUGGAACCAAGUAUGGUCUUCCCUUCACAAAAUCGGAGAACAAUAGUCGCAACGUAGCAUCACAAGAAGGGGGUCAUCAUAUUCAUAAUCUCGUUCCUCACAGGCACGAAGAUGUACCUGGACAAGGGGUGUAUGUACCUUCAAGGCGUCUGGAUGAAUGGAAGAAAGGUGCCGUUGCGCAACUUUCUGGCUCUCUGUUGAAUCUAGAGGCCGACGAGCAAAUGGAGUUAGAAAAGGAUAAGGCUUGGUGGGAGGCUGGCAAUACAACGAAACGCCGGCGCAGUACGACAACUAAACAGCGUAGGGCAGAAGCAUACGAUGGAGAGUACGACGACAGUAGUGGUACGGAAUUUCAAUCUCCAAUUCUCGAAAACGGUUGCGAGGGGUGUGCGGCUGAAGCUAGAGGUCACGGAAGCAUGCGGAAGGUGAUGACACUGAUCAAUCCACGAUCGCGUCAUUAUCUUGGGUAUGACAGAAAGGGGAAGAACAUGCAGGGCGCUGCUAGCAGCGAAGCUCUGAAUGUUCCCAACCCUGAGGCUGCUAACCUGCUUCAAGUCCCAUCUCAACUACCAGCUUCUAAGUCCAAUCCGGAUUUUUCUCUUAAACAUGUCCCUUCUUCUCAUCAUAUAGAGCAUUCGCUAACCUGUCCAACGCGGGCCAUCCGCGUGCGCCCUGAUAUAGCUCCAACUAGAUUCAAACCCCCUUUGUUCUUGAAAGCCGGCCCUUCAUUGCGAUAUUGUGGACUUCGGCGGGAGCCUGCACCUUCCCGUUCGGUCCAGGCAUUGACUGGUAUCAGAAAUGAGCGAGAAAUAUGGAGAGGUAGUGUUAUGAUUGUAACACAAGAUGAGCACUCGUCUUACGAGCUGGCGCCGACUUUGCGACUCUUUCUACAGCCCAUGGAUCUCCUGCCACCGCCACCAUCACAAGUUGAUGGGGAGGGACUGGCACCAGAAUAUGUCGAUCCGCUUGCUGGCCUUCCAAAAGUGGGCAGAGAUGGGAGGACUCUAUUUGUUCGACCUGUGGAAGACCUCGAGGAAGGCAAGGAUCUGUCCAAGCUGGAGUCUAAUGAAGGUCUGUUCGAGGCGGAGAGAAGCAAUUUCGAUGGGGCUUCUGAACGCAAAUGCUCGAAGCCACAUUACGAUGGUGAAAAGGCCGGCAAAUACAAGGAGGUAAGAGGUUUCCGGCUUCAUACUGAACACGGUGCCACUUUCUGGAGGUUUAACCUUGAGAUCGAGCUUCGAAACAAACAACAGAGAAUUGCAUACCGUAUCAACCGUGGACCUGCUACUGGUUUCUGGGUUCCAGCUCGUGGCGAGGCCAUGAACAUCAUGUUCCAUAGCUGCAACGGCUUUAGCUAUGGCACAGAUCCAAAUCCCUUCAACGGCCCAGACCCGCUCUGGCGAGAUGUGCUUAAUAAUCACCAAACCCAGCCAUUCCAUGUCAUGCUUGGAGGGGGUGAUCAGAUUUACAAUGAUGCAAUUAUGGAAGAAACAGUACUUUUCAAAGAAUGGACUCGGAUCAAGGAUCCACAUCACAAGGAACAGGUCCCUUUCACGCCUGAACUUCAACAAGAAAUCGAGUCCUUUUAUAUGAAUCGAUACUGUAUGUGGUUCUCCCAGGGCCUAUUCGGUCUUGCAAUAUCUCAGAUUCCUAUGAUAAAUAUCUAUGAUGACCACGACAUUAUCGAUGGGUACGGAUCAUACCCAGAUAGGUACAUGAGGUCUCCAGUCAUGCGAGGUUUGGGUGCUAUUGCUUUCAAAUAUUACAUGCUAUUCCAGCACCAGAGUAGCAUUGAUGAAGGCGAAGAGACUGAACCCCAAUGGAUCUUGGGUGAAUCACCGGGACCAUAUAUGGGCGAAGUCAGCAGGAGCAUUUUUACCCAACUUGGCCGGAGUAUUGCGUUCCUGGGGCUUGAUUGUCGUACCGAACGAAUGGAUGACGAGAUUGUCAGCGCAGAAACUUACCAUAAAGUCUUUGAUCGUCUAGAGAGAGACAUAAUCAAGGGCGAGACACAACAUCUAAUUGUAUUGCUUGGAGUACCUGUUGCCUAUCCGAGAAUGGUCUGGCUGGAGAAUAUACUGACCUCAAAAGCUAUGAACCCCAUCAAAGCUUUAGGAAGAGCUGGUCUGCUGGGCAAGAACCUUCUCAAUCAUCUUGACGGUGGUGUAGAGAUCUUAGAUGACUUGGAUGACCAUUGGACUGCUAAACAUCACAAGGAGGAGCGUAACUUUUUUAUUCAAGAAUUACAAGAUCUCGCUGCUGAAAAAUCAGUCAGAGUAACCAUCCUAGGUGGUGAUGUGCAUCUUGGCGCCAUUGGACAGUUUUAUUCAAAUCCAAAGUACGGACUUGCUAAGGACAAAGAUCAUCGCUACAUGCCAAACAUUAUAUCUUCAGCAAUUGUCAAUGCCCCGCCACCGGACACACUCGCCGAUGUUCUCAACAAACGCAACAAAGUUCACCAUCUAGAUGCAGAUACUGAUGAAGACAUGAUUCCGAUAUUUACACACGAUGUUACUGGUAAGCCAAGGAAUAACAAAUGCCUCUUAAAUCGCAGAAAUUGGUGCUCAAUCAAGAUGUAUGAUCCUGAGUUAUCACCACCUCCCACUCCUCAAACAGAUGGAAGCGGCACGCCUCCACCACCUCGAGGUGGCCUAUUGCGGCGAUUAUCUACUUCGAAGAAUCGCGAUCUCGGUCCAAGGUAUCGACCAGAUGCCUCCGCUCCGCCACUUUCUAGUCCGGGCUUCUUUAAUCGACGUCCUUCGAUAGCCCGUCGUGGUUCCACGGACUCUCAACGACCAGGCAUGUUGUCAAGAACACUCUCGCUCACUAGAGGAAGCAGUUUAUUCCGCAGGAACAGUAAACGGAAACCCGACAGUGGAGGUAUCAAUGGUUACGGCUCAGACAGUGACUCUUACGACGAUGAAUAUGACGACGAACCUAGUGAACCACGCCGGGUUGGUCUACGUGGUGGUGCCGGAAGCCCUGAUCAAGACAGUUAUUUUCCACGAAUGGAUCAGCCGUCCGGUCGGGAUCCUGAGAAUCCGGUCCAAAGAGCUUCGACAUCUAUCGCAGGUGCAACACCACAGAAAGGUUUCAAUAAACGGCAAUUCCAUCGAACUCCUACUGGACUAUCACAAAAGCAGCGCAAGGCUGGGAAUGUUCAGGUCAAUCUUGAAAACGGGCUAGACAUAUGCCUCAACGUUGAGGUUAGUCCGAAGGACCCAGCAGGAAUCACAAUGCCUUAUAGGUUAUUAGUGCCAGCACUCUGGUAUGUCGAGGAGAUAGAGGGCGAGGCCGCUGCUAAGGUGCAGGGUAAUCUGGCUCGCUGGAUCAGCUUCGCGAGGAAAAAGAAUGGUAGUUGA